AUGGCAAGCUCCGAGUCUCUCUUGCUGGUCAGUUCCCAACAAGAUUCAUUUUCCGAUUCAAGUUCCAACUCGAUCUCGGAGACAGUCCGGAGAAGACCCAUCAAAGUCUAUUUCGCUGUCUGUUCCGGUUUUCUAUUGGUCGCUUUGUACGUUGCUUUUGUCGUCACAGACGGUUCCACACCUAAAAAUGGCACAAAUGAUGAAACAAUGGCGGAGACUCGUGCUCGUUUGGCCGGCGUGUCCGAAAAGAGGGUUUGGAAUGUUUUCGAUGAUCGGAAUGGAGAAGCGUUUGCAUGGAACAACACCAUGUUGUCGUGGCAACGAACGGCAUUUCAUUUCCAGCCCGAAAAAAACUGGAUGAACGAUCCUAAUGGUCCAUUGUUCUAUAAGGGCUGGUACCAUUUCUUCUAUCAAUAUAACCCAAAUGCAGCCGUGUGGGGUGACAUUGUUUGGGGUCAUGCCGUGUCAAAGGAUCUUAUACACUGGCUUCACCUCCCCUUCGCCAUGGUUCCUGACCGAUGGUAUGAUGCUAACGGCGUUUGGACCGGUUCGGCUACUUUCCUUGACGAUGGUUCUAUUGUCAUGCUCUACACUGGUUCCACCGUCAACUUCGUCCAGGUCCAAAACCUUGCCUAUCCUGAGGACCCCAAUGAUCCACUUUUGUUGAAAUGGACUAAGUUCUCUGGCAACCCGGUUCUCGAACCCCCUCCGGGUAUCGGUGCUAAGGACUUCCGUGACCCAACAACUGCGUGGAAGACAUCAGCUGGCAAAUGGCGGAUCACUAUUGGCUCCAAAGUCAAUAGAACAGGAAUAUCUUUGGUUUAUGACACAGUCGAUUUCAAGACCUACGAGAAACACGAUAUACUGUUGCACCAAGUCCCAAACACAGGAAUGUGGGAGUGUGUUGACUUUUAUCCAGUCUCAAAGACUAAACACCAUGGUCUUGACACUUCGGUUAAUGGACCGGACGUUAAGCAUAUCGUGAAGGCUAGCAUGGACGAUACUAGAAUUGACCAUUAUGCCAUUGGGACAUACCAUGAUUCUAAUGGAACAUGGGUCCCGGAUAAUCCUUCGAUCGAUGUCGGGAUCAGUACCGGUUUGAGAUACGAUUACGGUAAAUUUUAUGCAUCCAAGACAUUUUACGAUCAACAUAAGGAACGGAGAAUCUUAUGGGGUUGGAUUGGUGAAUCUGAUAGCGAAGCAGCUGAUGUACAGAAGGGUUGGUCUUCUGUUCAGGGAGUCCCGAGAACUGUUCUCUUGGACACAAAGACGGGGAAGAACUUAAUCCAGUGGCCAGUUAAGGAAAUCAAAUCUCUAAGAUUAACAAGCAGGAAGUUCCAAAAGAAGGUUAGACCAGGGACAGUGGUACCGGUCGAUGUUGGUCCCGCCAGUCAGCUAGACAUAGAGGCUGAGUUCAAGAUCAAAAAGGACGAUCUCGAAGUAAUCUUUGGAGAUGACUCUGUGGAGGACGACAAGGAAUUCAGUUGUGGAAGUAGCGGUGGAGCCACCGUACGUGGGGCUUUA